AUGGCUGCUGCUGACAAUCCACGUCUCCCAUUGACAUCUGCCACUGCUCCUAUCGUCAGGUACACGGAGAUGCGAGAUCAAACGGAUUCACCUUCGACAACCAUCACCAUCACAACUAGACGCGAUUCGCCAUCGACAGAAAUUCAGCGAAGGAAUAAACAAGGCAAUUCAACAAUGAAUUCCUAUGAACUUCGCCGAAUGCCAACUCAACAACGACGUUUUGUUAAGAAAACUUUGAUGGGUAAUGUUGGGUAUCGUUUAGCACGACGAAAAGAAUUACAUAUCGAACGACGACGAAUCAAUGAUAUUAUGUGCUUUCUCGGUCUGCUAGGUAUUUUCUUAAUGAUCAUUGAAAACGAAGUGACAUUCAAUCGUUUUGAUCAUAAAGAUACCACAUUUAGUUUACUUAUAAAAUCAACAAUUACAUUUACAACAAUCGUUCUCGUUGGUCUCGUGUUUUAUUAUCAUCGAAUUGAUUUAAGUCUCUAUUGUGUGGAUAAUUCAAUUGAUGAUUGGCGUAUUGCAUUAACACGUACAAAGAUACUCUCAAUUAUCUUCGAAGCCUUCGUUUGUAUGAUCCAUCCAAUCCCAGGACAUUUCCUUGUCGAAUGGAGCUCACAAUAUGUGAAAAAGGUCGGAACAAAUAUCAAUUUUAUCAAUCCGUAUCGUUCCACCCAACAGCACACGCUAACUUCUUCAACAGCAUUCAAUUCUACUCCAGUAACAACAACAGCACAAAUGACGACAUCAACAAUUAACGCAAACGACGAGCCACAAGCAUUUGUACCGAUCGAUGUGAUGUUGAGUUUACCAAUGUUUUGUCGGUUGUAUCUAAUCGCUCGAUUUAUCAUGCUCCAUUCCCAUUUGGUUCGUGAUGCCUCAUCUCAAUCACUUGGUUAUCUCAAUCGCGUUUCAUUCAAUUUCCCUUUCGUUAUUAAAUCGUAUAUUCAACAACGACCCGCGCUUUGCUUAACGACCUUCUGUUUCUCCAUCUUCUUCAUCGCCAGUUGGUCAAUGCGCGCAUGUGAUUACAACGUGAAAACCGGACACAUGCCAAUGUUAGAUGCCACAUGGUUAUUCAUCAUAUCAUUUACAACGAUUGGCUACGGCGAUAUCGUGCCAUCGACAUACUGUGGACGAGGUAUCGCGGCGAUCACUGGGAUUAUUGGCGUAUUUUCAACAGCUUUACUUGUCGCUGUUAUAUCUCAAAAGCUCGAGUUGACACGAUCAGAGAAAUAUGUUCACAACUUCGUUGCGAGCAUCGAAUUAGCCAAAGCGCACAAAAACCAAUCGGCCAACGUCGUCAAGUACGGAUGGAAAGUUUGGUACUUGAAACGAAAGGGUAAACAUGUGAUUAUUCAAUAUAUACAAGCACAACGAAAGUUAUUAACAUCAAUACAUUGGGUUAGAAAAAUCAAACAACAACAACGUAAAUUAGCUGAUAAUUAUGUGAGUCUUUUGGAGGUUUUCAAUGUUCAACGUAGUACAAACCAAACGACAGAUGAAACAGCACAACGAGUGGUCUCGAUGGAACGAAAAGUGGAGAAGAUGGAAGAUAGCAUUAUCGAAAUCAAUCAAGGAAUGAUCACCUUACAAGAUAAACUCAAUAUCUUGUUGGAUAGAACAACACAAAGAUAA